AACUGUCACUCGCCUCCCUUACAUAAGAUUUUUUUGUGUUUUUUGGCUAAACUUGAAAUUGAUGUGAGCCUUUUUCGGACUUUUUGCUGCUCGAGAUGAUACGUAAAAUGGCGUUUUCAAGCCCACUUUUGGCUGCAGCUGCUGUCGAAAGUCGCGCUGAUGGCAAAAAAGACGAGAAAGGAUACUUGCACACGUAUCAAGGCAGUGCGAAACGGGAUCCCGAUGUGAAGCCCGUCAUCAUGAAACCAUCGGAAUUGCCACUUUACACUCCUGCAAAUGCGGAAAUCAAAUCUCAUCAUAAAACCGAGGAACGCAAACCGGCAGCUCACGUCGUUGCAAUUGAAGACGGCUUUCGAACGAUCCGCGAGUCAAUUCAAGGCGUCACCGGAAGUAUUUCCGAUCAAAAGGGACAACUUUACGGAUACAUCGAGCAUGCAAAGGACCAGACAAAGUUUGUUCGUGAUUACCUCAACGAAGAAGACAAUUCGCUUCCAAGAGCGGGUGCUAUUGCUGUCGGUGGUUUAGCUGGCAUGAUUUUCGGCUUGCGUGGCGGAUUCUUCAAAAAGUUGAUAUACACUUCGAUAGGUGCGGGCGGUAUUGCGUCAAUUUGCUAUCCGAAAGAGGCGAAAGUUUAUACGGAACAAGCGCUUGUCGAAGGGAAGAAAUACGCGACUAUUGGAUUGAAUUUCGUCUAUGGAGUGAAACCCGGAGAUGCGAAUCAGAAACAAUUGCCACAUAUUCCAACAAAUUUAGAUGAACUCAAGAAUUGUGUCUCAGAUCUUGGCAAAUCAGCUUACGACGCAGUAUUUGGCGACAAGAAGAAAUAAAUUGACGAGAAAAGUUUUAUUGAAAUGUUACGAUUGUGAAGUACUUGAGGCAGAAACAGUUUAAAAAAAGUCAACAAAUAAAAUAAAUUAUAAAAAAAUUAUAUUUUUCUUAUAAAAAUGGAGAAAUGUUUUCUAAUUUUCAGGCUGGUUAAAAAAAUUU